AUGGAUCGCUUUUUAGUAAGGAAAGGGACAGAUGUCGGGACAGAUGUACAGGCUUCUGCUGCAUGCUCUGCAGACAAAGCUACAACUUCGGCGGAAACAGGGAAACGUAGUGGGAAACGAAAAAUAAAAUACAGUGAAGAUUAUGUUAAAUAUGGAUUUACAGUAACGACUGACAAAACAGGAGAAGAGGUACCACUGUGUUUCGUAUGUUCAACGGUGCUUUCAAAUGAAACCAUGAAACCGUCGAAACUUUCUCGUCAUAUGGAGACACAUCACAGCUUCUUGAAGGCCAAGCCUAUUGACUAUAUGCAACAGAUGUUGCGUGAUUUCAAAGGACAGCAGACGCUCAUGAGAAAAAGUGCAAAGGUCAGUGAAAAUGCGCUGAAAGCCUCAUAUAUGGUGGCUCUUAGAGUUGCAAAAUGUAAAAAGCCACAUACAAUUGCAGAGCAGCUGAUUUUGCCAGCAGCUAUAGACAUGUGUAAAACCAUGAUGAAUGAAGAAUGUGCAAAUAAAUUAAAAACGAUUCCUUUGUCAGAUAGCACAGUCGGACAUCGAAUUGAGGAAAUGGCAAAUGAUGUGAAAGAGCAGUUGAUAGAGAAACCUCGAUCAGUUCAAGGAUUUUCCAUUCAAUUAGAUGAGACGACAGAUAUAACAAAUGACGCGCAACUUUUGGCAUUUGUGAGAUACAAGGAUAAUAGUGCAAUGUGUGAGGAAUUUCUCUUUUGCAAACCGCUGCCAGGGCGAACUACAGGUGCUGAGAUCUUUUCAGCUAUUGAUGACUUUUUCAAAGAACACAAUAUUUCGUGGCAGAAGUGUGUGGCGCUAUGUAGCGAUGGUGCCAGAGCAAUGAGUGGGAGCCAGACUGGAUUGAUUGGGCACGUAAAGAAAGUAGCACCGGCAAUAAUUUGGACACAUUGCAUGAUUCAUAGAGAAGCUCUGGUUGCCAAGGAUCUCAGUGUUGAAUUCAGCGAGGUGUUUGAUGCUGUUGUUAAAACCGUAAACCUGAUCAAACGAAAAGCAUUAAAUACACGCCUGUUUGCAUCCCUAUGUCAAGGCUUAGGAAAUGAACACACCUUUCUCCUUUACCAUUCAGAGGUGAGAUGGCUGUCUCGCGGCGCGGUGCUCGCCCGUGUGUUUGAACUACGUGACGCUAUCUAUACUUUCUUGUGUGAAAAGGAGUGCACUGAACUGGCUUACAUGUUCAACGACAGCCACUGGUUGACUAAGCUGGCGUAUCUCACCGAUGUUUUUGCAGAGCUUAACAAGUUGAACACUUCAAUGCAAGGGAGAGAUUCAAACGUCCUGUAG